AUGCACUUCUCAUACCGCCCGCUCGGCACGAGCCACACGUAAGCAGUCCUGACAGCCAACAAUGUCAUGCCUUUUCCUGUAUUCUUCAUAUGUGUGUGUGUUGCUUUCGUGGUGUGAUUGUGGCAGAGGAGGCCGAAGAGACACAAGAAGCGGACCAGAGGUCACUCCUGCCCCUUCCCACACCGCAUUCUUCCCCUCACAGGUGCGUGCGUACAUACGUACGUCAGGAAGAAGGUGACAGUGACCGACCGACCUUUGUGUGACCGAUGUUUUUGUCCUGCUCGUUCGUGUCUGUCAGGUGCGUGUCGCCCCCCCGGUGGAGCCUGCGGCCACUCUCAGCACCACCAUCCACCCCCGCCACGAAGGUCAGACAGGCACGGGACACACAUAGGCACGCGCCUGGCUCACCGACAUCCAUCCAUCCAUCCAUCCAUCCAUCCGUGUCUGUCUGUCUGUCUAUCUGUGUUUGUGUAUGCGUGUGUGCAGGGUUAUCUGCACAAGAGGCGCAGGCAGCUGACGGAGAGGGCCCGCCACGAGCGUGAGAAGCGGGACAAGGAGGCGCAAGAGGCCCUCAGGAAGAUCAUUGAAGAGGAGAUUAGAAAUGUAUGCGGCAUACACAUGAAUGAAUGACGCACGCCACCGACCCUCCCUGCCUUAUGCAUCCGUCUCUUUGUGUGUGUUGUGGUUCGGCUCUUCCCCUACCGGGCCCCUCUCCCAGCAGAGCUCACCUGCCCAACCGCCGCCCGCUGCGGCCGCUGCUGCUGCUGCUGCUGCGGCCUCUCCUGUGGGCCAAGAGCCAUCGGUGCAGCCCCAGCCGCUCUUCACCACGAGUCCUGCCCCCACUCCCACUCGUCCCACUGGGAGCAUCGGAGGGGCUCGUACACUCAGGUGGGCUAGUGGGGGGCAAGGCGGCCAAGCCCAAAUUUCCACCCGACCAGAAGGGCUCCAUGCUUCGCCGGGCGAGGGAGGAGCAAGCUGCUGCCGCGAAGGCGGCCUCUGCGGCUGGUGCAGGCGGCGACAAGGGAGACGGUAAGCAGGGGAGUGUCGGCGAGGGCGAGGCGCCCAAGGUCAGCCGCGCUGACGAGCAGACCGGGGUGGGCAAGUGCGAGGCCGAGGGUGAGGGCUUGGAGGCCGCCAAAGACGCCAAGAAGAAGGGGCGGAACAACAAGACCAAGACGGACACCACUGGUGCUGACGGCGGUGGCGGUGGUGGUGGUGCGAGUGCGGCGGGUGUGGCGGCCUCGAGCACUUCACCGACCACUCCAUCGAUCCCGCCCAAGCAGGACGCCUCCCAGCCAAGAGGAGGUUGAGGCCCUCAGGAAGAUCAUCCAAGAGGAGAUUAGAAAGGUACGCGACAUACGAAAGAAUGCAGACGCCACCGACCCUGUCCUAUGCAUCCGUCUCUUUGUGUGUGUUGUGGUGUGGUGGCUUUUCAAACAGGCUGACAAGAGUCGGCAGAGGCCCCCGCUGCUGAGCACGUCGCACACCGACCCGCACCUGGCCUCCCCCACACCCCACGCACCGACGACGACCGCCCCGCUCCACCCACACCCACCUUCGGCUCUUCCCCUACCGGGCCCCUCUCCCAGCAGAGCUCACCUGCCCAACCGCCGCCCGCUGCGGCCGCUGCUGCUGCUGCGGCCUCUUGUGUGGGCCAACAGCCAUCGGUGCAGCCCCAGCCGCUCUUCACCACGAGUCCUCCCAUCCACUCGUCCCACUGGAAGCAUCGGAGGGGCUCGUACACUCAGGUGGGCCAGUGGGGGGUCACGGAUCGCAUUCAGUGUGACCGCUACCUCAACUCCCAUCACCAACACCUCGUCCGCAACAUCAGGAUGGUGCGCACCAGAUACAAAACGACACGCACCAUACCACAGACACGUGCAUAUGCAUGUGUAUGUGUGUGCACCUACCCAUCUGUCAGCGGACCUAUACCCAAUUUCUGGAGCACCACGUCUCGGUCACGGUCACCCGCAUGGCGUCGACCUUCGGGGUGUCUGCUGAUUUCAUUGAAGGGUAAAUACUCACACUCAGCAUACAACGCUACGCAAGACACAAACACACAAACAAUCACACACAAACACACAAACAAUUCUAUUGAUGUGUGUGUUGGUGUCUUUGUGUGUCAGUGACCUGGAUGGCCUCAUUCGCUCGGGCGACAUAAGUGCCGCCAUCAACAAGGAAGAGGGCGCCGUCAACUUCAAGUUCACUGACCCAGCCGGCAGCCAGGUAAUGGCAGCAGAGAGGGAUGGGGGACGCCAGGAUCUAUUCGACUGCGUGUCUGGUGUGGUGCAUGGUGCAGCAGCACACCACACCACACCAGACACCCUGGGGAACGACCAGCUGGAAUAUGAGCACCUAGAGGUGGAGACGCCCAAAGAGAGAGCUUCGAAUGAACUCGUGCG